UGUGUGUUUUCUGGUACAUUUUUGGUCGGUGGCCGCGGUGCUGGGCCGGGGGUAGGAGGGGACACGGAAGCCACCCUAAACCAGCUACCCCCCACCCGCUUACCCCCUGCCCCGGCUCCGGGAGAUGUGCCGGGCGGGGGGCCCGGGUUUGCGGAGCUGCCAGAGAGACAAGCAGGGCCGAUCCCGGAGCAGUGCUGUACAGGCUGGUGGGCCAGGCGUUGGUGCCCGCUCAGUGAUGCGGGGCAAGGCCCCUGGAGCAGGCCACUGAGUGCUCCGUACACGUCUCUGGCUACUGUCGCCAUGGCCCGCCUGGCCGCCGUUCUCUGGAGCCUCUGCGUCACCGCCGUCCUGGUCACGUCGGCCACCCAAGGCCUGAGCCGGGCCGGGCUCCCAUUCGGGUUGAUGCGGCGGGAACUGGCAUGUGAGGGUUACCCCAUUGAGCUGCGGUGCCCGGGCAGUGACGUCAUCAUGGUGGAGAAUGCCAACUACGGACGCACUGACGACAAGAUCUGCGAUGCUGACCCCUUCCAGAUGGAGAAUGUGCAGUGCUACCUGCCCGAUGCCUUCAAGAUCAUGUCGCAGAGGUGUAACAACCGCACCCAGUGUGUAGUGGUCGCCGGCUCUGACGCCUUUCCUGACCCCUGUCCAGGGACCUACAAGUAUCUGGAGGUGCAGUACGACUGUGUUCCUUACAUCUUCGUGUGCCCAGGGACCCUGCAGAAGGUGCUGGAACCCACUUCGACGCACGAGUCAGAACAUCAGUCCGGCGCCUGGUGCAAGGACCCGCUGCAGGCUGGGGACCGCAUCUACGUGAUGCCUUGGAUCCCCUACCGAACGGACACACUGACUGAGUACGCCUCGUGGGAGGACUAUGUGGCCGCCCGCCACACCACCACCUACCGCCUGCCCAAUCGUGUAGAUGGCACGGGCUUCGUAGUCUACGAUGGUGCCGUGUUCUAUAACAAGGAGCGCACGCGCAAUAUCGUCAAGUACGAUCUCCGGACGCGCAUCAAGAGUGGGGAGACGGUCAUCAACACGGCCAACUACCACGACACCUCGCCCUACCGCUGGGGUGGCAAGACUGACAUCGACCUGGCAGUGGAUGAGAACGGGCUGUGGGUCAUCUACGCCACCGAGGGCAACAAUGGGCGACUGGUAGUGAGCCAACUCAACCCCUACACGCUGCGCUUCGAGGGCACCUGGGAGACGGGCUACGACAAACGCUCGGCAUCCAACGCCUUCAUGGUGUGUGGCGUCCUUUACGUGCUGCGCUCUGUGUAUGUCGAUGAUGACAGUGAGGCAGCCGGCAACCGCGUGGACUACGCUUUCAACACCAACGCCAACCGCGAGGAACCCGUCAGCCUUGCCUUCCCCAACCCCUACCAGUUUGUCUCCUCUGUUGACUACAACCCCCGCGACAACCAGCUCUACGUCUGGAACAACUAUUUUGUGGUGCGCUAUAGCCUGGAGUUUGGGCCACCUGACCCCAGUGCUGGCCCAGCCACUUCUCCACCCCUCAGCACAACCACCACAGCCCGGCCCAGUCCACUCACCAGCACAGCCUCACCUGCAGCCACCACCCCGCUCCGCCGAGCACCCCUCACCACGCACCCUGUGGGUGCCAUCAACCAGCUGGGACCUGACUUGCCUCCCGCCACAGCCCCGGCUCCCAGCACCCGGCGGCCCCUGGCCCCCAAUCUGCAUGUGUCCCCUGAGCUCUUCUGUGAACCCCGAGAGGUGCGGAGGGUCCAGUGGCCAGCCACCCAGCAGGGAAUGUUGGUGGAGAGGCCCUGCCCUAAGGGGACACGAGGAAUUGCCUCCUUCCAGUGUCUACCAGCCCUGGGGCUCUGGAACCCCCGGGGCCCUGACCUCAGCAACUGUACCUCCCCCUGGGUCAACCAGGUAGCCCAGAAGAUAAAGAGUGGGGAGAAUGCAGCCAACAUUGCCAGCGAGCUGGCCCGCCACACCCGGGGCUCCAUCUAUGCCGGUGACGUCUCCUCCUCUGUGAAGCUGAUGGAGCAGUUGUUGGACAUCCUGGAUGCCCAGCUGCAGGCCUUGCGGCCCAUCGAGCGCGAGUCAGCUGGCAAGAACUACAACAAGAUGCAUAAGCGAGAGAGAACCUGCAAGGAUUACAUCAAGGCUGUGGUGGAGACAGUGGACAACUUGUUGAGGCCGGAGGCUCUCGAGUCCUGGAAGGACAUGAAUGCCACAGAGCAGGUGCACACAGCCACCAUGCUCCUGGAUGUCCUAGAGGAGGGCGCCUUCCUGCUGGCCGACAACGUCCGGGAGCCCGCCCGCUUCCUGGCUGCCAAGCAAAACGUGGUUUUGGAGGUCACGGUUCUGAGCACAGAGGGCCAGGUGCAGGAACUGGUGUUCCCCCAGGAGUACCCCAGCGAGAACUCUAUCCAGCUGUCAGCCAAGACCAUUAAACAGAACAGCCGCAACGGGGUGGUCAAAGUUGUUUUCAUCCUCUACAACAAUCUGGGCCUCUUCCUGUCCACGGAGAAUGCCACGGUGAAGCUGGCGGGAGAAGUGGGCCCAGGGGGUCCAGGGGGCGCCUCCCUGGUGGUGAACUCGCAGGUGAUCGCUGCGUCCAUCAACAAGGAAUCUAGCCGCGUCUUCCUCAUGGACCCCGUCAUCUUUACCGUAGCGCACCUGGAGGCCAAGAACCACUUCAAUGCCAACUGCUCCUUCUGGAACUACUCUGAGCGUUCCAUGCUGGGCUACUGGUCGACCCAGGGCUGCCGCCUGGUGGAGUCCAACAAGACACACACCACGUGUGCUUGUAGCCACCUUACCAACUUCGCUGUGCUCAUGGCUCACCGUGAGAUCUAUCAGGGCCGCAUCAAUGAGCUCCUGCUGUCGGUCAUCACCUGGGUGGGCAUCGUGAUCUCUCUGGUGUGCCUGGCCAUCUGCAUCUCCACCUUCUGCUUCCUGCGGGGGCUGCAGACAGACCGAAACACCAUCCACAAGAACCUGUGUAUCAACCUCUUCCUGGCAGAGCUUCUCUUCCUGGUCGGGAUAGACAAGACUCAGUAUGAGAUCGCCUGCCCUAUCUUCGCUGGCUUGUUACACUACUUUUUCCUGGCGGCCUUCUCCUGGCUGUGUUUGGAGGGUGUGCACCUCUAUCUGCUGCUGGUGGAGGUCUUUGAGAGCGAGUAUUCCCGCACCAAAUACUACUACCUGGGCGGCUACUGCUUCCCGGCCCUGGUGGUGGGCAUUGCUGCCGCCAUCGACUACCGCAGCUAUGGCACAGAGAAGGCCUGUUGGCUCCGCGUGGACAAUUAUUUCAUCUGGAGCUUCAUUGGGCCUGUCUCCUUUGUAAUUGUGGUCAACCUGGUGUUCCUCAUGGUGACCCUGCACAAGAUGGUCCGAAGCUCUUCUGUGCUCAAGCCUGACUCGAGCCGCCUGGACAACAUCAAGUCCUGGGCCCUGGGGGCCAUCGCACUGCUCUUCCUGCUGGGUCUCACCUGGGCUUUCGGGCUGCUCUUCAUCAACAAGGAGUCCGUGGUCAUGGCCUAUCUCUUCACCACCUUCAACGCCUUCCAGGGUGUCUUCAUUUUUGUCUUUCACUGCGCCUUACAGAAGAAGGUGCACAAGGAGUACAGCAAGUGCCUGCGUCACUCCUACUGCUGCAUCCGCUCCCCGCCCGGGGGCACCCACGGCUCCCUCAAGACCUCAGCCAUGCGAAGCAACACCCGCUACUAUACAGGGACCCAGAGCCGAAUUCGGAGGAUGUGGAAUGACACCGUGAGGAAACAGACAGAGUCCUCCUUCAUGGCGGGUGACAUCAACAGUACCCCUACCCUGAACCGAGGUACCAUGGGGAACCACCUGCUCACCAAUCCUGUCCUGCAGCCCCGUGGUGGCACCAGCCCCUACAACACCCUCAUUGCUGAGUCGGUGGGCUUCAAUCCCUCCUCGCCCCCUGUGUUCAACUCCCCAGGGAGCUACCGGGAACCCAAGCACCCCUUGGGAGGCCGGGAGGCCUGCGGCAUGGAUACCCUUCCCCUGAAUGGCAACUUCAACAACAGUUACUCCUUGCGAAGCGGGGAUUUCCCCCCAGGGGAUGGGGGCCCUGAACCGCCCCGAGGCCGAAACCUGGCUGAUGCAGCUGCCUUUGAGAAGAUGAUCAUCUCUGAGCUGGUCCACAACAACCUGCGGGGAAGCAGCAGUGUGGCCAAGGGUCCCCCCCCACCCGAGCCCCCGGUGCCGCCUGUGCCCGGAGGUGUCAGUGAGGAAGAGGCCGGAGGGCCUGGGGGUGCUGACCGGGCUGAGAUUGAACUUCUCUACAAGGCCCUGGAGGAGCCGCUGCUGCUGCCCCGGGCCCAGUCGGUGCUGUACCAGAGUGAUCUGGACGAAUCAGAGAGCUGCACGGCCGAGGAUGGGGCCACCAGCCGGCCCCUCUCCUCCCCUCCUGGCCGGGACUCCCUCUAUGCCAGUGGGGCCAACUUGCGGGACUCACCCUCCUACCCGGACAGCAGCCCUGAGGGGCCCAGUGAGGCCCUACCCCCACCCCCACCCGCUCCCCCUGGUCCCCCAGAAAUCUACUACACCUCUCGCCCACCAGCCCUGGUGGCCCGGAACCCCCUGCAGGGCUACUACCAGGUGCGGCGACCUAGCCACGAGGGCUACUUGGCAGCCCCAGGCCUUGAGGGGCCAGGGCCCGAUGGCGAUGGGCAAAUGCAGCUGGUCACCAGUCUCUGAGGGACCUCAUGGACCAGGGGCUGGUGGCCCAACGUCAAGGAGGAACCCUGGGCGGGGCUCUGGUAGGGAGGGGGGACUGGUGGAGGCAGUGGCUGGGGGACCACUCUCCAGAGGCACCCCUCUACUGGGGGCCCAACAGCGCCCUCUAGGGGACCCUGACGUGGGGGCCCCAGGUACAGGGUCCCAGACAGGGUUUCCCCACCAGCCACAGGCACCAGCUCUGUUUGAGGGGUAAGUGCAGUGGAGGAGGAGCCCAGAAGCCUCAAGUGGGGGGGGGGAGGGAGAAAGUGGAAAGGUGAUGCACACUUCUGACCCCCACCCCCACACUUCCUACUCCUUGGAGGGAAAGAUGGCUUUGGCUUCCCUGGGUGGCCGGGGACAGCUGCCUUUUGAGGUUGCCCAAGGCUCCCUGCUGGAUGGAUUGAACCUGUCAGUUGCUCCUUUGCUGCCAAAAGUGCUGCGGCUCCACCAGGAGGAAGCAGUUGAGGCAGAAGAAAGGAUGAUAGGUUCCUCCUGACUAGGGUUUGCUGUCCCCUGGAGACUGGGGCCUAUCUAUGGCCCAUGAGGAAGGAAGCCCAGGGCCAGGGCUGUGGCUGGUGGUUUAAAGGUUGAACUUUCUUCGAAGCUCCUUUCCCUUGCUCUUCAUCCUGCCUCCCCAGCAAGCCUGCCCCCUAGCCCUCCAUGACUGCACCCAAUGACCCCCUCCCUUGGGGUGAUUCCUGAUGAAGCACAACUCCCCGCAGGGCCCCCAGCCCACAGGGGUGGCCAUAUUUCCGCAGUUCCCAGUCCUGUGGGCUCAGCUAUCUUGGGGAGCAGAUUUUGGGUCUGGCUCUCCCUGGGGAGUGGGUCCUGGGCUUGGAUCGUUCCCUAGGGGGCCCUCUUACCGCCCUUCUCUCCUCCUUCCCCAUUGCUGUAAAUAUUUCAACGAAAUGGAAAAGGAAAAAAAGACAAAAAAAAUCUCAUCACUUGAAGCCACCAGGAGCCCAAGGCCCAGGCCAGCUCCAGCUUUCCCAGGCACAGCGCGGCAGCCGAAGCACCCGGCAGUCAGGACUUCGCCGUGUACGUGCGCAUCCCACCCGGGCAGGGCAGGCCGGGCUGGGCCUCCAGUGCAGCUUUUUACAACCCAGAGACAGAAAACAAAAUCUAGAAACAACAGCGAAACAAAGAACCUGUCUCCUUCCCGGCACCACGUGUCUGUCCUCUCCUCCCAGUCCCCUGAUCAGGCAUCAGUCAGCCCUCCUGGGGCGUGUACCUCACCACCUGCCCCAGGACCAGAGGCCUGUCUACUCCCUUCCCCACUGGCCCGGGGGAGACUCCGUCACACCCAAAGAUGCUUUUGCCAAGAUGGCUGUGCUGUCCCUUUGAGUUCCUGCUUGUAUAUUGCUGCUGGGACUCUGGGAUUUGGGGCUGCAUUCCCAUCUAGAGGUUGACUGGGGCGUGAAGACAGGAGGGAACUGGGGGUGGGUAGGUGGGUGGGGGAGGCAGGUGGCGGGCUUGGCUGAGGAGGGCAGAAUGGGAAUGGUUAAGACUAUGUCUUUGGUGGAGAGGGGUGGGUAAAAUUCAG